UUUUGUCAAAGGUCACAUUUUUGAAAGCUGUGGAUAAAUGAUCAUUAUUGGUCAUAAAAGUCUAUGAAUUGGUGCAAAAAAAAUUGUGCGUAUAACUUUUGACUUCCACCAUAGGCUGAGAUCAUUCCUCAUUAACUGGAAUGGACCCACAGCAGCAGUUUUGUUUGAAAUGGAAUAGUUUUGGGAGUAAUCUAGUAACAGCAUUUGACAGCCUCUUCAAAUCUGAAAGUCUCACAGAUGUCACAUUAUUUUGUGAAGGUGUCACGUUCAAAGCUCACCGGCUAAUUUUAGCAGCAUGUAGCAAGCACUUUCAAGAUAUAUUUGAAUCAGCAACACUAACACAGGGAGUCAAUGUUGUUGUCAUCCUAGAUGGGACGUCUUCAAGUAACAUGUCCGCUCUGUUGGAGUUCAUGUACAAAGGAGAAGUACAUGUCUCCCAAGAAAAGUUGUCAAGUUUUUUGAAGGCAGCAGAGGCUUUACAGGUUAAGGGGCUGUCUAUUGAGCAUGAGAAACUUGCUGCUGCUCAACAAGAGCAUCAUGAUAAUGUUGUGGAAGAAACUCGCAGAGAAGAGCUGGAGUCUCCCAGCGGUCGAUCAGGGAAAUUGUCUGAUCGGAAACAAAGUAAUGUAUCUACCUCAAAACCAGAUGAAUCUACCUCAAAUGAUUCAACGAUGCAACCACCACCUACUUCGUCAUAUUCGCCUGUUUUUACACCUUACAUUCAUCACUACCGCACUCCCGCUUUCGAACAGCGAGUUCCUCCAUCUUCCCAACAAACCACACCAACCUCAAUGGCAACUGGCUAUGACAAUUUACCAAGGAAACGCUACUAUGGGCGAAGCCCCAGUGAUCCAAUGCGCGACUCCUCUAUCAGACCGUCAGUGCUGCGAGAUGCUACUAAACCGGAGAGAGAGUCACCAAUAUCGGUGUCGCAGUUCCCUGGCCAGCCAGGAUCACCCCACUAUUUUUAUGAAGCCUCGGACUCGGUCGGGUCAUUCGACAGGCCUGCUGCUGUGGAUACUAACCGGCCUACUCCAUCACCUGGAAAUCCUCAUUGGCCUCCUCCAAUGAAUCCAAAUUGUGCUGAAGAUUUACGGGUAAAAAGUGAGGUACCUAGUGGUGGAGAAAGUAGCGAGAAUGGGAGUCGAGGAAGAGAGAAAGAAAAGGAAAGCUCUCCUGCCGCUGGAUCACAAAUGGUUCUAUGGAAUUCUGUGCAAACAACAAAAGAGUUGGUCCUCUAUAAACAGCCUGUGUUACAAAAAAGUACAACAUCCACGUCGACUCCGGACGGUAAGUUAGGGAAGAAAUUGCAAUGCCCCUACUGUGAGCGUCUUUAUGGGUAUGAAACAAAUUUAAGAGCGCAUAUACGACAACGACAUCAAGGUAUUCGCGUGCCAUGUCCAUUCUGUACGCGAACGUUCACUCGGAAUAACACAGUACGGCGUCACAUUGCGCGUGAGCACAAAACGGAACUCAGUCUGAAAGCUUUUCAACAAACGCAAAAUCAGAAUCACAACCAGUGAGACAUAUGUUUUAUAGAUAUAGUACCUGAAGCACUCGAUACUUGAUCCAGUUUUACUCGUCUAGUUUUUGUUCUUGCUGUUGCCUAUAGACUUCUAAUCCUUUCUGUUGUAUGCACCUAUGUAAUAGUACAAAUGUGGUUUAUAAAUUUAUCCCACUCUCUCAAGAACAACUUUUGAAUUUUUUGCCAUUUCUUACCUGUGCUUCAACUCUGACAGCUCAGCUGCUAUUACUGCAACGGUGCAUUGUUGCCUCUGCAUUUGGCUCAGUACACUCUUCAGUGUAUUUUCCAAAAAAAAUUAGCUAUUUUUCUGUUAACCUUCUAGCUUGUAAGCUGAAAGCAUCCUACUCUGCACCUAAAUUUGAUUUCAAUUGUUAGCAAGCUUUCUCAUUGAUAGGUCUCUCCUUGAAAGUCAUCAUGAGGAAGUGAGUUAAUGCAUCUUUCCAAGAAAAAUUAAUUCAUUUUCUUUUGAUGUUCAUCCUGUAUACUGCUUGGUGAUCAUUUUACCAAGUGUCGAAAGUGAAAGGCAGUCGAUGGUUUUACUUUUCUCCGUCAGUUAUGCUUCUGAUCUGAAAACAAUCGUGUUUCAUCAGCUUUGCCACUGAUUUAAGGACAGCAGUGUUUUUCUAAAAUUCGAAUUCUGCUGUAAAAUUCAAAGUUAUCAAAAUUCGCUCAGUAUCUCAAAUUACUGAAAUUUUCUUCCCCAACCUCUUUUCCUUUAUUGUCAUAUAUUAAUGUUCAAUAAGUAGAAAAAAUUUACAAUCUCAGUGCCAUAAAUUGAAAAAUACGAAAUGAUGUCUA